GGCAACUUUGAUCUGAUUUACGUGAAAUUUUCAUGUUUUGGUCCGCAUGUGUAACGCCUGCACGUGACGCAGCUGCAGAACGCCCCGAGUUGCGUGGAGUGCGAGGGCCCGUUCAUCGCUGCUUGCAGCUUUAAUUUCUGUGUGUUUUCCCGGUAUUCCCAGUUACCAGCCUUGGUCUUGGAAGGGGGCUGUAUCACAGGAAGGCAGUGGGCAGAAAAAUUGUUUUGUGAAUUGAAAAACAGGCCCCCUCUCAUCUCUCCCCCCUUGACUUUACAACACACACUCAUAGUCAGUGGUGGUGAAUCAAGGUUCCUGUGUAAUGGGUAAACACACAGUGGUCAGGCUAAGGUCACUCACCCAGCCUGCAGUAUUGUCCACUCUUCAUGAAUCACCAUAAAGGCAGAAAAUCCACAGACUGAAGGGAAUGCACGCUUAAUUAAGAAUUAUACUUUGCUGAAUUUGGAAUUAUUAUCUUUCUUCUGCCUUUGACUCUCUUGUUUCUCUCCUCUAUCCUCUGUUUACCUGCUGCCCACUCAGUGUCUUUCGCCCACCUACAUUUUCACAAAGAUCCUGGGCAUGAAGCACUCCCUCCUGGGGAUCAAUAACCUGCACUCACUGACCACGGCAUAUUUGCCCUCUGGACCCCAGAACAAUGUGCCAGCACACACCACCGCUUCACAUUCUCAUACUUGUAGAGUCUCUCUGCUCCUCGUCCCACCACUGACACCUGAGGGUAGUGAACGCAACCAAAGGAUGGUCAUGGUUUGGAAAGUGAUGGCAGGUGGAUUGCUCCUCACUCUCAGCCUCACUCUGCUGGGGUGGGGAGCUGAGGGACAGCAGAACAGACGGGAAAAGAAAGAAGUAUCAGGCCGGACUAGCGUCUACCUCGGCCAGGAGAGAGACAUCUGGAGGCCACUGAUCCACACAACAGUGAACCUCAGUGAGAUCAGAAGCAUCAAGUCAUCCUUUCAGUUCCGGACGUUUGACCCAGAAGGUGCAAUUUUCUAUGGAGACACCAAAAACGGGGAGGACUGGUUUGUUUUGUCCCUGAAAGAUGGCAUCCCUCUGAUGCAGAUCAGCAAAGGGGACAUCCUCAUCAGUGUGGCAGGCGGCCCCAAACUCAACGACGGAAAAUGGCACACACUGGAGGUGAGCAACCAAGAUAAGUUUGUGGUUCUAGAUGUGGACGGCUCCAACGGGCUUGCGGUGGGCAUGCAGUCCAAACAGACAGAUGAGGUCCUUUCAGGCAAACUCCGACUGGCUGUUGGUGGGAUCCUGAUCAGCAAAGAAAAGAUGAUUGUUCAGUUCGAGCCGCAGAUGGACGGCUGUGUGCGCGAAGGCAACUGGCUAAACCUCAGCGUCCCCUGGCAGACAGAGGUGGAGGAGCUCUGGCCCUGCUGUGACAGAGUGAAACCUGGCAGCUACUUCCCUGGCACUGGAUUUGCCAUUUUCAACACCUCAGUUUUCCCCAUUGAGGCAGAUCAUGGGGUCAAGGUUGAAUUCCAGGGGGAUUUCAGUAAGAUGGAUGGGACCAUUUUGAGCAUCAGGGCUCCUGGGCAAGAACUGAUGUUCGAUUUAGUGGCCAGUAAUAACAGAGAGGAGGUCAGUCUCACUUUCGGUGAAGAAAAGAUCAGUAUGAAAUACACCGUCAAGAGACUGGUGAUAACAUUUCAGACAGAUUUACUGCAAGUGCUUCAAGAUGAAGAUGAAUCGAAGACCACAACGUUAUCUAUCAAUCCAGUGAGCCACCCUGGUUAUUUGACCACAUGGAGAGAGGGUCGUCUUGCCUUCGGAGGUCUCCUAGGUGAGGGUGAGGACAGCAUUGGCUCUGACUUCUUGACAGGCUGCCUGGAGAAGAUUCAGAUUCUAGGGAAGGAUCUGGACCUGGACUUAGGUGUCAAACACAUGUCAAUCUCCUCUCACAGCUGCCCUGUUGAAGCAUGAAAGUAUGCACAUACAAUACGUGGACCAGACGUUUGCAGUGCACACCUUUGGGUCUGAAUAAAAAGUAAAAUAUGUAAAGUUCAAAAUUGUCAAUGCUAGAGACACAUCUAUAGAGCAUAACAAUACCCUAACAUCCUUCUUAUGUGUCUUAUGGGUACUGAUAGUCAUUCUGUAGUUGAAUGUGUUAUUUGUACCAAUUAACCUCUAAAAUGUGGAGAAUUUGAAAUAAAAUAUGAGUAUGUUGUGCAAUAAAUAUCCCUCCCCUUAGCGCCAUUUGAACAGAUAAUGCUGAUUAAUCUGAGAAAUGUGAGUGGUGUUGUGACCUUGGUACGUGUAACAGUAUGUUUCUAAAUAAAAUAUGAU